AUGUCCACCGACUACAAAUUCCACGGCUGGGUCGGCCUAGGCAAAGAUUCUGCGAACGGCCACAUGGUCUGGCGAGAGUUCACCCCGAAGCCUUUUGAAGAAACAGAUGUUGACAUCAAGAUAACCCACUGUGGUAUCUGUGGCUCUGACCUACAUACUCUCCGGAGCGGAUGGGGCCCAACCUUGUAUCCAGUCGUUGUUGGCCACGAGAUUGUCGGAACUGUGGUGCGCGUUGGGCCCAAGGCCGAGGGAGGAAUCGUAGUUGGCGAUCGAGUUGGAGUCGGGGCUCAGAGCAUGUCGUGUUUGAGACCGGAUUGUGACGAAUGCUCCCACGACUUUGAGAAUUACUGCCAAAAUGGUCAGACGGGCACGUACAACAGCAAAUAUCGCGACGGCAGCAAGUCCUACGGCGGCUAUGCCGACUAUUGGAGAGGGCCUUCUCAUUUCGUCUUUCGGAUCCCAGAUGCUCUACCUAGCGAUAUCGCGGCACCCAUGCUCUGUGGAGGCAUCACGGCUUUCUCACCACUCCUGCACCACAAGGCUGGGCCGGGCAAGACGGUCGGCAUCAUCGGCGUUGGCGGCCUUGGCCACUUUGGCAUAAUGGGAGCCAAAGUUUUGGGCGCGGACAAGGUCGUGGCAAUAUCGAGAACAUCGACGAAGAAAGCAGAUGCUCUGAAAAUGGGCGCUGAUGACUUCAUUGCCACCGAUGAAGAUAAAGGGUGGAAUCGCGAUCACCGGAAGAGCCUCGACAUCAUUGUAAGCACCGUGUCCAGUCCCAAGAUGCCCCUGCAACAAUACCUCCAGCUUCUGCGAGUCGGCGGUGUGUUUGUGCAAAUAGGUGCCCCCGAGGACAAGCUGCCUGCGGUCAAUGGCUUUCAACUGCUGGGAAAGCGAUGCAGCAUUACCGGAAGCAGUAUUGGCAGUCCCAAAGAGAUCAGAUAUAUGUUGGAUCUUUUUGCCGAGAAAGGGGUCAGGACUUGGAACAAUAACGUCCCAAUGAAAGAUGCGAAUCGAGCCAUUGUAGAUAUGGAGGCAGGCAAAGCGAGAUAUAGGUACGUGCUCGUGAAUGAGCAACAUGCCUCUCGCCUAUAA